ACAACACAGAACCCAACUGGAAGUAGAAUUCCCUUUGGCGAGAUGAAGGGACAUUAUCAGCAUCACAGACUCAUUUCAAUUUCACCUCUUUAGGGUUCCUCUUCUAUUAUGAAUCCCAACUCCUCCGUUCCAUCUGCAGCAAAUCCAUCAAUACCCGUAUUAUCUUCCCUCAACCUCUGUUUUUAUCUCAUCACCUAGCAUGCACAGUUCCAACAGGAACAAGGGGACUUAUCUGAGAUCGUUAAGUGAAGAAAACAAUGAUCUGGGUGGUGACCACGGUGAGGUUUUCGGCCUGGAUUUGGAGUCUCUGAAGAUUUUGCUAAAGCGGGGAGUCUUUACUGGAGCAAUGCUUCGUUGUCUUUUCGUUUUCGCGUACAAGAGAGUGUUUGUGGUGGAGGGAGUGGUGAAUGUAGGGUACGGAGUGAUUGAGCAGUGGGCAUUGUUGUUGAGAAAUGCGUGGCCUAAGGUUUCCAUGGUUCUUAAGAUUUUCAAAGAGCAAGGUAUGAUUCUGACCAUACUUUUAGGUCUAUCUGAAUUCUUCUCAAUGGCAGAGACUUCUAUAACUACACUGUGGCCAUUGAAGAUUAUAAUUUUGUUCAUUCUUUUGCAAUAUGAUGCCUUCGAUAUUGGUUUUAUUACCACAGACGACUUCACAAAUGUUGAUAUUCUCGAAGCAACCUAUGCAGCUGUGGCAAAAAGGUUAAACGAUGCUUGGUUCAGUGAUCCUGCAAUUCCGGUUGCCACUGGUUUCCUGGGAAAGGGCUGGAGAUCUUCUGUAAUUACUACAUUCGGUAGGGGUGGUAGUGAUUUGAUAGCGACAACUAUUGGGAAAGCAUUAGGCUUGCAAGAGAUUCAGGUCCUGCAUCCACCAUCCAUGAGACCAGCUAUGGAGGGUGAUAUUCCCGUCAAGGUUAAGAAUUCUUACAACCCUACUGCACCGGGAACUCUUAUCACAAGAGAUGGAGAUAUGAGUGAGUGCUUACUAGCAUUGUUUCGAAAAGGAAUCUUGCAAUGUUGGACGUUGUCAGCACUUGCAUACUUGGUAUGUUCAAUCUUUGAAGAUCUGGGCAUCUCAGUGGAUGUUGUAGCUACCAGUGAAGUUAGUAUUUCCUCGACGUUGGAUCCAUAAAAAAUUUGGAGCAGAGAGCUAAUUCAACAGGAACUCGACCAUGUUGUUGAGGAACUCGAGAAAAUUGCAGUCAUCAAUCUGCUUCAGCAUCGACGCAUUAUUUCUCUAAUUGGAAAUGUCCAGAGGUCGUCUCUAAUACUGGAGAAGGCAUUCUGCGUUCUUCAGACAAAUGGAGUCAAUGUUCAGAUGAUAUCUCAGGUUGCAUCCCAGUUCUGUACCGCUUGACCUUAUAUCUCAAUGUUUCUUUGCAUAGCUUGAUAUCUAAAGUGCUGCAUUGUGCAUUUCACAUUAGAGCGCAAACUUAAGACUUGUACCUUGUAGGCAUUUUAAGUCUACAUCUUCAAAAAUGUGUCAUGUGGUCAUCUGUACAUUGCUUAGUUGGAUGGGGAGGGUCCAAUAUAAUGGAGUCAACCCU